AUGUUCGCGGAGGCGCUCCGCCGCUCCCCGCUGGCCAUCCUCCCCGUCCACGGCUGCCACGCGCGUUCCCGCACCAACCCACCACCUCGCCGCGGGGGCGCGUCCGCCGGGGCUGCCCUUCCACGCCGUCUCCGUCCGCCCCCGCCACUCAACGGCCACGUCGGCCUCGGCGUCAAGUGCGCCAAGGAGGCGGCCACGGCCAUCCGCGGCGGCAUCAUCCUCGCCAAGCUCUCCAUCAUGCCCGAUUGGGUUCUGACCGGGUUUCUUUCCUCCCUACUUCUGGUUGUUCUUCUUGCAGCGUGGAAUCAGCAGCAAAGUGGAGGAAUUUCAGGCGGAGGAAGGAUUUGGCCGGCAGCUCAGGUGCCCGCCCCCUGGGGGUCUGAAAUCGUGGCCGCCCGCGUCCCCCAGAAGGUGCUGCAGUUCGCCGACAUUGAUGAUGUCCUCACUUCCUCUCGUGGAUCCACCAAGGAUGUGCAAGAAACCGCAGCUACCAAUGCGAAAGAUCAUAUUAAUGAAAGAGUACCAAAGAUUGGAAUGAAUUUUUUAUCUGAUGAGGAGGCUUAUUCCUUUCCUUUUAUAACAAGAACUCGAGCUGAAGAUAAGAGAGAAGAUACAUUCAGUUAUAGUAGGCCUGAAUCACGAUGUGGAUGUAAUGCACAUAUGAAAAUAAGUCUUAGGAAUGGAUUUUAUCAGGUGUAUGAAUUUGAGGAGACACAUAACCACAUUCUUGCUACUGGAACCAUGGCCCAAUACUUGAGAUCUCACAGAAAAGUUACCGAUGCACAGAUAGCGGCUGCAGAGGUCGCAAAGUCUGUAGGCAUUUCAAAUAAAGCAACUAUUGAUCUUAUGGCCAAAGAAGCAUGUGGACAGGAAAACCUUGGUUUUAUCCCGCAAGACAUGAAAAAUCGGUUGUACUCGAAAAGAACAUUACAAGCAGCUAAAGGUGAUACAGGGGGAGUGUUAGAAUACAUGGAGAAGAAGGUAGCAGAAGAUAUCAAGUUUUUUUAUUCAAUUCAAGUAGAUGAGGACGAUUUGAUAACUAAUAUUUUUUGGGCUGACUCCAAAAUGGUCUCAGACUUUGCAACUUUCGGUGAUGUCAUAAGCUUUGACACCACAUAUAGGAAACUAAAUGAUGGGCGUCCAUUUGGUUUGAUUGUUGGGGUGAAUAAUCACAAGAAAACUAUUGUGUUUGGUGCUGCACUUCUCUAUGAUGAAACUGCUGAAAGUUUUGGUUGGCUUUUUAUAACUUUUCUAAAAGUUAUGUCAGGGAAACAUCCACAGACAAUUCUAACUGAUGAAGAUGCAGCAAUGGCCAAGGCAAUCAGUGAAGUCCUACCUCACUCUCACCAUAGACUUUGUGUGUGGCACAUGAAUCAAAACGCUUGCAAGCACCUUGGUGGAGUUGUUCCAGAAUAUAAGAAGUUCAAUAGUGAUUUCCAGCAUUGUAUCUAUGACAUAGAGGAAGAAGAAGAAUUUAUAAGUGCAUGGAAUGAUAUGCUUGAUAAGCAUGGACUACGUGAGAAUACAUGGCUUCAAAGGUUGUUCGAGAAAAGGGAACAAUGGGCACUAGUGUAUGGUAGAAAUACAUUUUCUGCCCACAUGAGCACUACCUAAAGAAGUGAAAGCAUGAACAAUGAACUGAAGCGUUACAUCAGUAUUAAGUAUGACAUGCUUACUUUUUUCGAGCAUUUUGAACGGCUUGUUGCAGAUAAAAGAUUUGAAGAAGUGAAGUGUGACUUCAAGGCAUCACAAACUACUCCCAAGAUGAAGGCAGAGUCAAGCUAUAUAUUAAGGCAAGCUGUAACUACAUAUACUCCAGCAAUAUUCAAGAUAUUUCAGGAGGAAGUGCUUCUGACCCUGAACUAUGACACAUUCCUUUGUGAUGACAGUGAUACAGAGCAGAAGGUUUAUAUGGUAAAAUUUCAUGACACAAAACGUGAGCAUGU